AUGGGGGGAAAUGUUAGCAAGGAAGACAUUAGAGGGGAUACGAAGGAGGAAGAAAAGCCACUUGUUGUCGUUGCUAUAGAUUUUGGUACAACAUACACGGGUUAUGCUUUCUCUCUGGUGCGCAGUCCAACACAGAUCUAUACAGGGAAGUAUAAAAAUAAACUAGUAGAAGACCGGGAACCAACGACGGUACUUUUAAAACCUGAUGGUUCCUUUGAUUCGUUCGGAUACAGAGCUAUCCGAAAUUAUGGACAUUUAUCCAAACAAGAACAACAGAAUUAUCGUUUCUUCAAGACCUUCAAAAUGGAAUUGCACAAUACAACUGAUUUGUCACACGACACUAUGAUAAAAGACGUUCGUAAGAGAGAGUUUUCUGCAGCAAAAGUGUUUUCAUAUGUUAUAGAAUAUCUGAAAUCACUUGCAGUUUCUGUCAUGCGAGAGGACACAACUGAUUUAAAAGAAAAUGACAUACAAUGGAUGAUAUCAAUUCCAGCAAUUUGGUCAGAUUCCUGUCGUCAGUUCAUGCGCGAGGCUGCUACAAGUGCAGGAAUUCCUGAAGAGAAAUUACGCCUGGUUUUAGAACCCGAGGCUGCUUCCAUGUAUUGUCGGGAAAGAUUAAUGGUAGCUACAGGAGCAGCUUCGAUUGAUGAACUUCCGAUAGGUUAUAAAUACAUUCUAGCUGAUCUAGGAGGGGGCACAGCUGAUAUAUGUGCACAUGAAAUAAUCGAGCGUGCAAAGUUACGAGAACUUUACAAAGCCAGCGGCGGAGACUUUGGUGGAAACAAAGUAGAUUUAGAAUUCUACAAAUUCAUGAUUAAUCUAGUCGGUGGGCCAGUGUGGACUAUAUUUCAAGAUGAUUAUAUGCCACUUUCCUUCGAGUUUAUGAAGGAAUUUGAAGCAAAGAAAAAGACUUUCACAUCUGAUGUUCAAACUGUGAGUCUAAAGCUAGAAAAUGCUCUACUAGAAAUUUUAAAAACUGAAACAGAUGAAACUUUAGAAGAAACACUGUCACAAAUGACUUCACGUUACAAAGGAAAACUAUCGUACAAAAGGGUUGACCAAAGACUAGAAAUCAAAGGUGACAUUAUGGCCGACUUCUUUAAACAUUCCAUAGACGGGGUUAUUUCAAAAAUCAAAGAGAUUUUGGGAGAAUGUGGAGAAGUUCAAACGUUGCUACUCGUCGGGGGCUUUGCCGAGUCUCAAUACUUAAGAGAAAGAAUCCAAGCCAAAAUUAAGAAUGUACGAAUCCUUCUUGAACAAGACGCACGCCUUGCAGUGAUGAAAGGAGCUGUAUUAAUGGGCUACAAACCUAGAAAUAUCAUUGAACGAAGAGCCUGGUAUACCUAUGGCUUUUCAAAGGUUCGUCUUUUUCAACGGGGAACGGAUCCAGAGGACUUAAAAGUGAAAAAAGAGGAUGGAAAAGAAUACUGUGAUGGUCUUUUCGAUAUACAGAUUAAGAAAGGUCAGAUAGUAAAAUAUGAUGAAAUGUUCCCUUCUAGCACUAUUGAGCUUUUAAAGGAUCAGGCGUCAAGAAAAAACACGAUAACUAUCGAAUUGUGGAAGUCAAACCGUAAAACUCCAAGGUAUUGCACAGAGGAGGAAGAAUGUUCGAGGAUCGCUGAGAUCGUGAUGAAACCGCCACCGAAGGGCUGGCCAGAACGUAUUAGAAUAGAGCGUCAGCUAGUAAUGGGUGAAACUGAGCUGCAGAUUCAAAUAAAAAAUGCUACUACGGGAGAAAAGUAUGAAACCAGACUUGACUUUCUGGAAGUAAACAAAACACUAUAG